AUGCUGGGCCUGGAUGCGUGUGAGUUGGGGGCGCAGCUGUUGGAGCUGCUUCGGCUGGCGCUUUGCGCCCCAGUUCUCCUGACAGACAAGGCAGGUGGGCAGCUGCCACCCGAUGAAGGGCAGGAUGAGUUGGUGCUGGGGUACCAGGUUCCAGGCCAGAAGAGCCUUCGAGAACUCCAGGAGCUGGACAUGGAGGAUGAGAGUCUGACCAAGUACAAGUGGGCACUGCUGGGGCCCCUGCCACCAGUUGAAGACCUGAGCCUGCCCAAGGUACAGGUGUUGAAACUGACGCUGAUGUGUGAGCAGGCCCCGGGGCCCAUCACCAUGGAUCUCUCAGGGGACCUGGCUGUGCUGAAGAACCAGGUGUUUGUCCUGAAGGAGGGUGUGGAUUACAGAGUAAAGAUAACCUUCAAGGUCAAUAGGGAGAUUGUCUGUGGUCUCAAGUGCCUGCAUCACAUCUAUCGCAAGGGGCUGCAAGUGGACAAGACUGCUUACGUGCUGGGCAGUUACGGCCCCAGCGCCCAGGAGUAUGAGUUCCUGACUCUCGUGGAGGAGGUACCGCGGGGUGUGCUGGCGAGGGGCGCCUACGUGGUGUCUUCCUGCUUCACAGAUGACGAUCGAGCAGCCCAUCUGUCCUGGGAAUGGAGUUUUUCCAUCUGCAAGGACUGGCAGGACUGA